ACACACACUAAUUCGUCCUAGCAAAUAUAUACCAACACUGAUAAAAUUUAUUACUAUCAGAUAUAUCAGUAUAACAUGAUUCAUCUAGUCAUAAUAAGAUAUGCAUUUAAUUAUAUAUAAAUCUGAAAUGCCCUAGCGAAGUUUAGCGACCGACAAAUGUAAACAAAGAGGCUUCACUGAGAGAAAUAUAAUGAUAUUACAAAUGUUGCAAAAGGGGUUACCUUCCUUUAUAUAUCAAAUAGGAACCUUACACAAUACAGCUACAUAUGUAAGUUGCACACGUGCCUCAUAAUUACGCAUAAGUUCAUGUACCUACAUGUAGUUUUAUUAAUUCAUCAUUAUUAAUGAUCUUGAAAUAUCCAUGUACAAGGGUUGAUCAAAAAGCAAUGUCACACAGUGAUAACACCGGUUUUUGGCGGUCUAUAAUAUAAUGUUAUGUAUCGAAAUAUGUAUAAUUAUUAUUCAAAUUCAAAAUUUUAAGAAAUGAUCGUUCAAUUGUUUAAAAAACAUGUUCAAAACGCAAAGCAUAGGGGACAUCGACGCGUUACAAAUAAACAACAUGUUUUAAACUAUUGUUCUUUAAAUUGAAAUAUGAAUUUAAAAAACUUGAAAUUGCGCCAAAUAGCACAAUAUUUUAUAUGAUAAAUAUUACGUCAUUUUUACAUGCAUAGGUAAUAAUGAAAAGAAGUCAUUUGUGUCAAUGAUCAUUUAAGUGUGCGUUAAUUUGCUAUUUCGAACUGAGAAAAUGUCAGAAUCGGACAAAAAACUACAACGGGGCGUGAUGCAUUUUUGCUUUUAAUUGGGAAAAUCACCAUUAGAGACAGAAGAAUUGAUAAAUCGGGCCUGCAGUGAGACGAAAGUAAACAGGAAAAUUGUUUAAAGGUGGUUUGAGCGUUUCGGGGAAAGAAAUGUGUCGCUUAAAAAUAAGCAAAGGACCGGAAAACCGAAACAUGGGAAAUCGGAGGUAAAAGUCAAGCUAGUGACCGACGUGGUCAACGAAGACUGACGGGUUAGCGUAAGGUUGUGUGAAACAUUGAAUUUAUCCUAUGGCACAGCUCAAAGAAUAUUAACAGAGAACCUUAACAUGAACGAUUAUGUGCACGGUGGGUUCCGAGAUUGCUAAAAUAAAAUAAAUGGGUUUGCUUGAUCGCGAAUCUGAUAGAUUUAUAAAGCGAUGGAGAAAAGAAGGAGAGGCGGUUUUGAGACGCAUAAUCAUUACGAAACAUGGGUUACUUAUUUUGAUCCCGAGUCAAUGAUUGCAUUCAAGUCAUUGGAAACACACACUUCCCACCCCUUAAAAGGCUCGGUUGCCCAGAACCGGAAAGAAACAUAUGUUCGUUAUUUUUUUUUAUGGAGGGUGUUGUUCUAUGCCAUGCUGUACCAGAAGGCGAAUCUAUCGAUGCAGUGUAUGAUUCAAAUGAAAUAAAAGACUGAGGUCAAUUAUUUGUGAUUUUAUCACGUUUGUGACAUUACUUUGGGAUGAAACCUCGUAUAUAUGCAUAAAUAGUAAUCUUUUACUUAAUCCACUAAAGAAUAAAAAAUUAUCAAAAUGUACUAAAUUUAAACAUAAAUCUACAGCACAAUGUAUACAUGCAUUGGAAACAUCUAUCACAAUAUAUACACUUUAUUAAACUCACAAAUUAAGAAGUUUCUACCAGUAAAAAUUUUAGCACAAAAAUUAAGUCAUGGGCCCAGCACAAAAACCAAUGAAAUCACAGCAAAAAUAAGACUAAUUGCAGCAUUGGCGGUUACAACCCAUCCCCCUAAUUGUGGAAUGAAAAUGAAACGUCAAAAACAUAUAUACAAUAUUAUCAAAAUACAAGCAACCAUCGAAUUUGCGUCUUCACUUAUAUGUUCCUACAAAAAUGUCAACAAUGAACAAAUUUCAAUGAUCACACAUAAAUAAUACAAAAAAGGGUUCAUAGUAAUCAAACAGUCCUAACAGUCUCCUUGAAGGAUCAGGCAAAGUUUAUCUUGGGGACGGUUCAGAAUAUUUGUCGCAGUUUUAACUUUAAAUUGUCGCACAAGUCCGAGGUCUGUUCCUUCACAACACAGCGUCACCAAUUGGCAAGUUUCAUUUGUUUUCAUGCCACUUUUGUCUCUUGUCUGUAAUAGCGGUUGCUAUUCCCGUACUCAUAUAUGCCAAAACCAGUUUGCAAUUUAUUGAACUUGUCUCAACCGUCUCUUGUGAUAUGUGUCGUUCUGAUAAAAAAAAAACUCCUGGAGGCUAGUUUAGCUUCCGCUUCGUUAAGGGCAGAUUGUUUGGUUUAAGCGGCUCCAACUCAAAGUGGUGAUCCGUAUUCCUUGCAAUUGGUCGGUCGUUUAUCAAAUACUUGAUUUCACACAGCAGGGUAUUAUGUCCUUCGACGUCCAAGGUCUGUUCCUUCACAACACUGUUCGUGGCCUUACGAUUAAUUUAAAUGAUUUUUUCCCAUACUCCACCAUAAUGUGAUCCAGCUAGCGGGUUAAACUGACAGUCUACAUUCCUCUGUAACAUUGUCUUUUGAAUCUGGUGUUGAUUCCAUUCAUGUAUGGAUCGAGAAAGUUCACGUUCAGGACCAACGAAAAUUAGUUCCAUUAUCAGAACGUAUCUUCUUAACUUGUUCCCUUCUUGCAAUAAAGCGACGCAAAGCAUUUAUGUAAGAAUCGAAUGUACAGCUCGACUUGCUCAGCAAGUGAAUAUUUCGCCAUAGCGUUGCACAAGACUUCUCUUUAGUUUAACUGUAAAAGUGGUUAUUUACGCGUGGGGAGAUUUAUCACUAGUUACGCGAUGGGCUUAAAACCGCGUUAAAUACCCCCGCGGGUAUGGAAAUUUUUUUUAGAGUGUUAUAUCACGCAUCCGCGUAUUUAAUACCCACGCGUAUUGUUUGACCAUAGAAAAUGCGUACUUAACCACCAGCGUAAAUAGUCACUUUUACAGUACUUCAAAGUAUUAGUAAUCGACUCCUUCUCUGUUAAAUGAUGUUUAAUCUGGAAUGAUACAGUCCUUAGGCAGAUUAGCCAUUUUCUGCUCUUCAACUUUCUACGUGUAAUACACUUGAUAUCACUCUCCUGAUGGAUGACGAAGCAUGAAUAACUCAAUACUUGACUGCUUUAAUCGACCGCCGACACGUAAAAUUCCAUCAUCCAUAAAUGGAUCUAAGUUCCUGAUUCGACCUCUACAAUUCACAUGAGAGUUACUUAAAGCAAGAGCAUUAUUUAUGUUUCAAAUUCUUCUUGUUUAAGAAAUUUCAGUAGACACUUUUCUGCUUCUUUAAGCUCUUUUUUCUAUAGAACACUUUUAUCAGAUGACUCGUGAUAUUAAACUAGAAUUGAGUCUUUUUAUGUUCACACGCCAUAACACCUCUUUUUGCACUUUCAAAAUCCAUGCCACUGUUCACUUUAAUGUGUACCAUGAGUAGUAAUGUUGAAUUAACUUAUUUACACACUCUGUAGAAUUGUCUGAAUCCUGUUGUCCUGCGAUGACUGUACUGGCGGUAACUCUUUUCACCUCUGGGUCAUUUUCCAAUAAUUUUGUAUCAGCGAUCUAAAUUUGAUGUUUGGACAACUGAUUCUCUGGUUCUAACAAAACACUUUAGGCUUUGAUCCAGGGUUUUUUUCAACUUUUUUUUCAACUGGGUUGAUUUUCGUGUUACUGCAUCUCCAAUUGCUUGGUUUUUUUUUCAUGUAUCACUGCUAAUCUAUUAGCUACGAAAGUAUGAAAUCUUCCCGUUCUGUUUUGAACAUAUAUAACUUAUAUAAUACUGCCAUACUGUCGGUCCAGAAAACGACGCGAUUUAUGGUCAUGUCUAGCUCAGUCAUAAACAUCUUGUUGGUUUUGACUGCUAUUGUAGCUACUUUUCUCAUGAUUCUACAUGAUUUAUAGAUUUUCUCAUGAUGAAAGAGCAAUGGUAUUCGCCGUCUGCAUUCUCCAGUAGUAAGUAACACUAUUCCACAUCCCGGUUCGCUUGUUUCUGCGAAGUGAUGUAACUGCACAAUGACUGGAUCGAAACUAAAGGGUUUGCAAUUGAUAAUGUUCAUUUUGAAGUCUUCUAUUUUCUGAAAGUCCUGAUACAAUGGUUACAAUGAUUUCACUGAGGUUAUCUGGAACCCUAUCAUCCCAUUCUACUUGCAUCUUGUUGUUCAAACGUUAGACUUUUUAAUUUUGGUAAUCAGCUAAAAAACAAAGUGGAUUAACACAUUUUAUAAAGAAAUAAUCAUGUGAUUCACAGAACGGACUCAGUUCAGAUUACAUACAUCCUCAAAGUGGCUGCAGAAAAGGAGAUACUAUAUCGUCUUUUUCUUCUCUGUGCAAACAUCAAACUGAGAAACAUCUUAACAAUUAACUUUUAUGGGACAACCCAAACAUUCAGAUACUAGCAGAUAAUUCUUCAGUAUUUUAAAAUUUUUGAAGCGCAGGGUUUACUCUAAUUAAUGAUCUCUUUGACUUUAAUGGGAACUUUCUUCAAUAUAUUAAAUAAUAGGAGAGUGCAUACAAUUUUAUUGAAAAUGCAGGUUUAAAAAAAAACAAUCAAAAACACAUACAUAAUACAAAUUUGAGCAAAGAAUAUUAACCUAAAAUCCUGAACUCUAUUUACCUUUUUCAUGAAAAUACAAAAGAAUGUAAGGAAAUGUAUAACAUGUUAAUUGCAGAUAAAAGAGAAACCAAUAAUUUCAAUUAGAUUGAGAGAUUUUGGAGAUGAUUUCACUGACUUGAAGGGAAUAUAAUUUUUUGUCUCUGCUUGAAAGCGGUUCAAGAAAAAAACCUCAACUGGCUUCAAUUUCAAAUAACACACAGGAUUAUACCUAUAUAUCACUAUAUGCACAAGUUAAAAUUAAUUAAUCUCCCUUAUGUAGCUUCUGUAAGACGGAAAUUGAAACAAUUGAUCAUUUUUUCUAAAUGUUUUUAUGAAAAAAACUAUGGUGAAGAAAAGAACAAUCCUUUCAAUUUUAAAACUGCAAAUCUGUCUUUUAGAGGAAGUUUCAUAGUGUCCUUGCACUCUUCCAAGGAAUGUGAUUAUCCUUGACAAUAUAUGCAUGGUUUCACAAAAGCACAAAAGUUCAGUUUAUCUUAAGAAGCUGUGUGAUUUUCUGUAGAUGAAUGAGACUCCAAAGUUCAAGCUCGGUCUUGAAAAUGUGUUCACUUUUUCAUUCUGUCGUUUUGAUGCAGUUGAACUAGAAUUCAUGACUUUGUUUAAAUAUAUAGGGUCGUUUGUCUUCUAAGCUUUUUUUGCGGACGAAGUUUACUAAGCAGCUUCUUUCUGUACUUUAGUUUGUAAAUCACAUUUCGCCACUUUUCUUUGAAGUAGAAUGGUAGUUUCUUUAAUAGAAAUUCAUAUUUUCCGAAUAUUCAAGCACUCGAGCACUGUUCACGUUAUUUACAACAAAUUGACACUCGAUUAAAAAUAUUGCAUACGAGACUAAUGCCUUUGAAUUGUCUGGUUUAAUUGUUGGCCAAUUCAAUGCUUUCUUGACAAAAUUUUAAACCCCAACAUCCGGGUUACCAUAUCGAUCUAUAAGUUUACUUCAAGCUUGAAAGUAUCCACUUUCUACAUCCAAAUAUUAAUAUCCAGUUAUUAUUCUGGUAGUUUCACCACUGAUAUAUUGAAGAAGAAAAUUCAAACGUUCUUCACUUCAUAUUAAUUGGUGUUAGCGCCCGCUUUAGUAUAACUGUCUAAUGAAUCUUUAGUUGUCCUUUGGAUUUCCUUCAAACUUUCAAAUGUCGACUUCGGGUUUCUUGAGCUCUCUUGGAACUGUAAGAAGAUCAUCUUUGUUGUUGUGAUUUUCUGCAGUUGUAAACGUUGGUUCUGACAGAUGAGAAAAAAACUUGUGUCUGUCACUGAUAACUUGUUAGAUAAGUUGAACCGAACAUAUAUGGUGUACUGUGGCGUAAUAUUGUUGGUACAUAUGAUAGAAUACCAAUGUCGUUGUACAUGUAAAUCGGUUAACGUGGUUAACUGUUUCACAUGUUGGUAAUGGUAUUGAAACGGACGAAACACUGAUGCAUCAAGUUUAACUGUUUUAUAAAUGAAGACACAUGCAUGAUGGUAUCCGGAAUUGAUGUUGCCACUGUUAAUAAAGGCAAAUGAAUGUUACCCGUGACCUCUGACAGAUGUCUCAUUUCCCGUUCGGGUUUUUUGAAGUUCUUUGAUUAUUUUAUUUAGUUCUCAUUUCACAGAUUUUUAAAGCUGUCUUUAUAUCCAGUUCCUCUUUCUUUAAUUUCAACUGUAACUGUGUCUCUUUCAUCUCUUUUUUCUCCUGAAAUGAUGCCGUUCUGGCCAGUAAUUUCGCUUUCUUCUGCUUUCCUCACUUCGCUUGCAAAUAACUACUUCUGAUAUCUGCGCUCGAACUCACUGAACUGUUAUCAAUCAUAACGGUUUUUAAAUUUGUCGUAAACCAGUCCUCUACUGACCUUUUUAUUUAAAUCCAUGAGGUAUUCGUCCUUUUUCCUCAUCAGAGAUCGCUAGAAUAAAGUUAUAGACGUACUUCAUCCUAAGACACGAGAAACUCUUUGCAUUUGUCUAACCAUUCACUGUAGGCUCUUCCUACAGUUUCUUUGUCAUCCGUUGAGAACAACAUUUUUUGCAAAUUAUCAUUAAGUGUUGAUAAGAUGUUGUAACACCUAUAUCGGGUCUUACUUUUAUUUUCCAGAGUAAAUUCAGCACCCUUUUGAGUCAUCUUUCUAUUUCGUUCACUACUGCGGUACGGAUCUUCUCAUCCUCCGUCAUCAUUCAUUAUCUACUUAAUUGUAAAUAAUUUGCAUUUGCCAGUGAAAAGGAAACUGUGUAUUCUUGUGAAUGCGUCUUUAUUUUGGAGGAUUACAAAAUACACGCUUGAUGAGCAAUGAAUUGAUGAACGAAAGAAGUGGAAAAUAAAAGACCAAGAUGGCUGAAAGCAAAAAAACGGAGUUGGAGAUCCAUAGGGAGAUGAUGACACUGUUAUCACAUCUUAGGGAAAAUAAGACCAGAGUUCGCAAGAAAGUACCUAUGGCCCAAACAUCAAAGCAAGAAAUCAAAGCUGACGUUCGCAAAAUCUUGGAACAAUUCCUAAAGAAACAACAACUGAACGAUGAUGAAGAGGAAGGUGCAAUACCAACUGGAUUUCAGAGAGAAGAUGUUGAGAAUGUGACUGAAACUUAUCGAUCAGGCAGCACAAACACAUCUUGGGAAGAAUACGAGUACCUUCGUUGUGAGGCAGGAUGCCGGAGCAAAGUCAUCAAGUCCAUUCCCACUUGUUCUAAUCGAUCUCCCACCGACGAUACGACUAAUUUCACUUUCAUUGAUGAGUAUGAACAUGACGUUGAACGUUCUGAUAAGGACCACUCAGAAAGGUCCAAUAGUCCACCCUUCAGUGAUAAGAUACCGGUAUAUGGAGCAGGUCCGCCACAAAGACUACAGUCUGGAACAGAAUCUGAUACCGAUAGUACUGACUACGAUGAAGUCAUCUCCCCAAACGAGGAUGCAGAAAAGAUAGCAGAAGGUAGAGCAAGGCCUGCAACGGGGCUACAGGGGAUACGGGUAUGUGAAGCAGGUGCGCCAGAAAGACUACAGUCUGGAACAGAAUCUGAGACAGCAGAAGGUAGCAGAAGUAGAGCAAGGCCUGCAAUGGGGCUACAGGAGAUACCGGUAUAUGGAGCAGGUCGGCCACAAAGACUACAGUCUGGAACAGAAUCUGAGACAGAUGAUACUGAUUACGAUGAAGUCAUCUCCCCAAACGAGGAUGCAAAAAUAAAAACAGAAGGUACAACAAGGCCUGCAAUGUGGCUACAGGGGAUACGGGUAUGUGAAGCAGGUGCGCCAGAAAGACUACAGUCUGGAACAGAAUCUGAGACAGAUGAUACUGACUACAAUGACGUCAUCUCCUCAAACGAGGAUGCAGAAAAAAUAGCAGAAGGUAGAGCAAGGCCUGCAAUGGGGCUACAGGAGAUACCAGUAUAUGGAGCAGGUCCGCCACAAAGACUACAGUCUGGAACGGAAUCUGAGACAGAUGAUACUGACUACAAUGAAGUCAUCUCCCCAAACGAGGAUGCAGAAAAAAUAGCAGAAGGUAGAGCAAGGCCUGCAAUUGGGCGACAGAGACUAAUGUCUGGAACAGAAUCUGACACAGAUGAUACUGACUUCGGGAAAGAAUUCAUCUCCCUUAAGGAGGACAUAGAAUGGAUACGAGUAGGUACAGCAAGGGGGCUACAGAGACUUAUGUCUGAAACAGAACCUAAGACAGAUGAUACUGACUACGAGGAAGAAGUCAUCUCCCGAAAGAAAGACAUAGAGAGGAGAGAAGUAGGUGCAGCAAAGCCUGCAAUAGGGCGUCAGAGAUUGAUGUCUGGAACAGAAUCUGAUAUAGAUGAUAAUGACUACCGUUCAGUAAUAAUAAAAAGAUGGAAAUCUAGAAAAAAGAAAGACAUUGAUUCAAGUGUCAAUAAGAGAGGAGAUGUUGUUCAAAAUGUUCACACCCACAAAAUUAGUCACGUUGAACAACAUAACUACACCAAUGGAAAUAAAUCGGGAAUGUUGAUGGAGAGUGAAGUGUGGGAGUGUAAAGAUUUGGCUGGAAAGUCUGAACACAAGCAUGGAGAGAGGCACUCCAACAUAAGGGAGACAAUGCGUCCAAGACAUGCAAGAUCAGGACGGACUAGCUCUGAAAAAGACCGUCUGUACACUGCAGUUGCAGAGAAGUUGGCACACAUUGGGGACCACUAUAAGGCAACAAGUCCACUGUCUGAUAGUACCAGAAGCUCCGUGGAUAACACUGCGACUAGGAGAGCUAGUGCCAGAACCCCAAACCUACCGGGAGUGGACGAAAGAGGUGAUGGAUUGACAGCGCUUGAAAGACAAUUGAUUGACACUCUAAGAGAAGUGGGGGAUUCUUUUCAGCUUAAAUUAUCUCCGGACGCUUUCAAUGAAAUUGCCAAGCAGGCCAUGUACCAAAAGUUCCAGGAAGUGGUCGACAAAAAGACCGGUCCUGGCAACAGCUGGGACCAUAUUGCCGCCGUGUUCUACCUGACCAAGAAAGUCGUCACUCUGGCGGGGGUGGGCGGGGCCGUUGCACUGCAGGUCAAAGAUCUGGCGGCGGAAUACGUGGCCGAUAAGUUUGCUUCAUGGAUUGUGGAUCAGGGAGGUUGGGGUGAUCUUGGACAGAUGGCUUACUGGGACGGUGGUUCGGGGACACGGGGAGGGGGAAGGGUCCCUCCUUCCUCAGACGUCCGCCAGAUCCCCUCUCCCUCGGAACAAAUGACGCCCGACACUGAGGAGAAUGUCAUUGAUGAGGCGGAGGAUGUGAUCAGGAACUUUAUAUUUGAGAGUUAUCAGCAUCAGCUGGUUGAGGAGGUGGACACUCUGGAUUCCACCACCCCUCAGGUCCCGGAGCUGUGUGCCUUCACGUCGGAUCCCAUGAGUCGAGCUUCACAAGUUGGUCGGCAGUUGGCUAGGAUUGGAGAUGACAUAAAUAGGCGAUAUGCCGAUGAAUUCAAAGACAUGAUUAAUCAGCUGAAUGUGAAUGAAGAUACAGCUUAUGAAGUGUUCGCUGGAGUUGCCAAAAAGUUGUUUGCGGAUGAAAUAAACUGGGGGCGGGUGGCAGCUUUAAUGUGCCUAGCGUACCGUAUCACCAUGACUGUUGUCAAGGAGAAAGCCAAAAAGUUUGCUCAGUUCAUGAAGGUCAUUGUCAGUCAUGUUGUUCGAUUCAUCAAAGAGAAAAUAGCCGGGUGGAUUGCAAGUCAAGGGGGAUGGAGUGCAGCCCUCCAGUAUUCCCCCUCCAUGAGUUUUACCUCCCUCUCCAUUGUUGUGGGGUCGUGCGUGGCGGCCAUUGCUGCUGUGUUCUACUUCAGCAAAAAGAGUUGAAGUCCAGCGAGUCUUAUGUUCACUAGUCAAAGUAUUAAGUGAAUAAUGAGUACAUUUUCCAAUCCACAAAGCUGUUAUCAGCGAACUGACAAAAUUAAUUGUCAAGACUGAAAUCUGUGUUGGAGUUUUGAGAAAAAAGUUGUUGCAGGGAUAAUCACUUAAAUGCACAAGCAACAUCAUCACAAUUAUCAUCAAUCAUCACCAACCAAAGUACCACAAAUAUCAUGCAAUGAACAUGGUGGCUGUUGUGAGUGAGGUUUGAAUGGCUGGGAGAACUCCAUCUUUCUUUUUUUACCUAGAAGUCCUGUGACAGCUCAUUUAUCCUGAUCUCAGCACCCAAAGCCCAACGGGAGUGUCAAACACUGCCAAGAGGGCUUCUUUUGGGUCCGUUUCUGCUCAGUCAGUAGAUAGAUAUAUAUGCAAUGAAUUAUAUCCAAAUUGGAGAUUUUUGUAUAGGGCAUCUAUGGUGCAGUAUGAAAGAAUUUAGACCCAGUCUUUAGAUAUAUUUUAAUAAAUUGUCAGAAUAAUUUCCAAGUUGGUAGCUGGUCAUUUUAUACUAAUGUAUUUUAGUUUGAGCAACAGCAAACAAUUUUCUUUUAGUUUCAAUUAAUUUAAAGGUUGCAGUAGUUUUAUUGGUUUAGAUUUUUCUCCUAUUUACAUCUUUGGUGUUUUCUGUUAAUAUCCCCUUUUAGCUGACUUUCAUGCAUGAUAUAAAUUCCAUGUUUUUUACUGUUUGAAUACAAGUUUUUCCAUCAAUUGUUAUAGAUGUAAACAAACUUAUUGUGUAGUACAAGAUUUUGAUUUUGACCCACAGUACUUAGUACAUGUAUUCAUAAAAUCCAUGGGAACUGUAAAACAAAUGUUGGUUUUUGAUACAUACUUGAACUGUUGUUUUCAGAAUUAAACAUGUACUGUGGAAUCGUCAAAUUUCGUCGGGGCCAAUUUUCAUGGAUUGCUUAAAUUUUAUAGGUUCAUUGGGACGUAAUAUCGUGUAUUUUCUUAUACCUACAAAACGAAAUAUGACUUUAUAACCCUAAUAUAUAAUUCGUGGAGGAUGUUAAUUCAUGGAUGAGAGGUACCCACAAAUUCCAUGAAAAUUGAGCCACCACGAAAUCUAAUGAUUCCACAGUAUGUAGUAUAUCCUUUUUCUUAAAAGAGAAAGAAGGAACUGGGGUUUGUUAUUUGAUAUGUAUACAUGAUUUAUAAGAUAAUCCCCAUUUCAUAAAAUUUAUCAUCAUGUUUUAUUUUUUCAUGAUUUACAGAUAAGGUAAUGUGCCAAUUCUCUGUUUUGUGUCAUUUUGUUUUCUAAAUAUGGAUCGUCAAAUUGGUCUCUCCUAUAAACACUUCAUGGUGGUAUAUCUAGACUCUAGCGGUAUGUGAACAUUUUGUGAUUUCAUGUGAGUGGUAAUGAGGUAUGAUGGAAAGCUGUUUUCGUAUUUACUGUGGAACAAAGCAUAACAGAAAAAAAUGUGAUACCAUGGCUGUAUUCUCAUGAAAUAGCUUUUUAUUUAUUGCAUAAUGUAUUAUAUUUAUCUUGAUUGAUUUUGACCUUUGGGUACAGUACCUUUCACAAAAUUUGUUGUGAUAUUCUGUAAAACGUCAUAUUUAUCAAUAUCCAUGCAUUUGUCACAAAAGUUUGUUAAUCAAAGGCAGUGCAUAUUUUUAUUUUGGGAAAUUCAUCUGAUGUCAAUUUUAUAUCAUGAAAGGGUAUCCUAGUGUUUAUGAAUUUGUGUACUUAAAAAUGAAAUCAAACUUUUUCUAAAAAGCCUGUUGGAAUUGAUUUUGUGAAACACUGUAUCAUAUGUUCUCUGUUUCCUAUUGGUAUUUUAUAUCGCACAGGUGAGUGCAUUUCUAUUGUACCCACCUCUCUGUUAUGUGUCUUUACAUGUGUUUGUUAAUAAUCUCUCUGUUUUUUCUGAUAUUGUCAUGAUGACUUUCUGUUUCUCUGUGUAGCAGACUGCUAUGAAGUAUUCCUGAUAAUGUGAUCUGUUGAGUCCCAGAUGUUAACCUCAGGCUUAGCAGAUGAUUUACUCUUGUUUGUUCUUGAUUUUAUUUCUUUCUUUUUAUUUCCAGAGAUCAAUAUAUUUGUCGACAGGAAGUCACAAUAAAUCCAUCUUAAAAUUUCA